AUGAAAACUAUCCUACGAUCAUGUGAAUUGUGGGAUGUUGUUUAUCUUGGUAUUACUGCUACAAGUAACGGAGAUGAUCAACAUCGCGAGGCUAAGAAGAAAGAUGCUCAAGCAAUGGCUAUUAUUCAGCGUGGUGUUGAUGACCAACUAUUCUCCCGUAUUGUAGCUGCUAAAUCUGCUAAGGACACCUGGGAAACUCUUCGUAUGGAAUUCCAGGGUGAUUCUCAAGUCCAGGCAGUUAAGCUUCAAAGUCUCCGGCGAGAGUUCGAAAAUUUCAAUAUGAAGGAUGAUGAAGUCGUGGGGGAAUACUUCUCUCGUGUUACUGCCAAUAUAAGUCUACAAAGAGCAUUUGGAGAAAAAGUGUCCGAUCAAAAGGUUGUUGAGAAGAUCCUUCGAAGCCUAUCACCAAAAUUUGAUUAUGUGAUCCCAUCCAUUGAAGUCGCUCUGGAUCUAUCCACUAUCAAGCCAGUGAAGCUUAUGGGGAUGCUUCAAUCCCAAGAAGAAAGGCUGAACGGGAGGACUAUUGUGAGUCCAGUCAAGCCGGCUGAACUCACUGAUGAGAAGGCCCUCCAAGUGUUUCAAGACAACAACAAAUCCACUCGUCGACGUGGCCGAGGGCGUACAUCGUUCAGAGGAAGAGGACGUGGUAGACCUGGAUCUGGGAUGGACCGUAGCAAAGUGCCACAAUGCUACAUAUGCAAAAAAUUCAGGCAUCUUCAAAAAGAUUGCUGGUAUAAUGAAGAACCACAAGUUAAUGUUGCAGAGGAUGAAGAAACUAGUGAACCUGCUGCUGCCGAAUCUGAAGCACAACACUUACUCAUGGCAUUCGUUCCCGAAUCAACCAAACCGAUGGCUCUAAUGGUGACUGGCUCACACUCUGGUAAACUUAAUCAUCUCUGGUUUAUAGAUUCUGGAUGUUCCAAUCAUAUGAUUGGAUCUCGAAAUAGUUUUGUAAGUUUUGAUGAUACAUUCACUUUGGAUGUAAUACUUGGUGAUAAAAAGAAGGUGGCAGUCAAAGGAAAAGGAACCAUUAAAGUUUACACUAGCUCUACAUCAUUCAAACUAUUGGAUGAUGUCUAUUAUGCUCCACAAUUAGAGUAUAAUCUGCUAAGUCAAAGAGACAGGAAAAGUUCUCUUAGAGGUUCAAGUGGCCAGAAACAAUAUGUUUAUUCUCAACACUACCUGCUUAGUAACUGUUUCAAAUUCCACACCAACUAA